CUUCCCUCCUCCUCCUCGUUGAAUCAAAAAAUAUUUGAGCAUUGAAGCUGUCUAGAGUGAUUCACAAUCUUCUCAAGAUUUCAAUCUCUCUUGCCAGAUUCUAAGUCAUUCUUCAAUGCUGGCGCCUGUUAGCUCGAAAAUAAUGGAGAACAAAAUCGAUGAAUUCAAGUCAAAGAUGGAGGAUUAUCAAGUGCUGGAGCAGAUUGGAAGAGGAUCUUUUGGAGCUGCGUUUCUUGUUCUCAACAAACUUGAGAACAAGCAGUAUGUUAUGAAGAAGAUACGAUUAGCGAAACAAACGGAGAAGUUCAAACGCACGGCUCAUCAGGAGAUGAAGUUAAUUGCCAAGUUAAGCAAUUCCUACAUUGUGGAGUACAAAGACGCUUGGGUCGAUCAGGGUUCCUGUGUUUGUAUCGUGACAAAUUAUUGCCAAGGAGGAGACAUGGCUGAGAAAAUAAAGAAAUCCAGAGGAGUACUCUUCUCUGAAGAGAGGCUCUGUAAGUGGCUGGCACAGCUCUUGCUAGCCGUGGAUUACCUCCAUUCUAAUCGCGUUCUUCACAGGGAUCUUAAGUGCUCCAAUAUAUUCUUGACAAAGAAUGACGAAGUUCGACUGGGCGAUUUUGGGCUCGCGAAGCUACUGCUAAACACAGACAACCUGGCUUCUUCUGUUGUGGGAACUCCAAAUUACAUGUGUCCCGAGAUUCUUGCUGACAUACCUUAUGGCUACAAAUCAGACAUAUGGUCCUUAGGAUGUUGCAUGUUUGAAAUGGCAGCCCAUCAACCGCCAUUUAGAGCAGCUGACAUGGCUGCUUUAAGAAACAAAGUGAAUAGGUCGACCAUUUCUCCACUGCCAACAUUAUACUCCUCUUCAUUGAAGCAGUUGAUCAAGAUCAUGCUGAGGAAAAAGCCAGAACACAGGCCGACUGCGGCAAAGCUUCUGAGGCAUCCCCAUCUGCAACCUUACCUUGUGAAAUGCCGCAACUUGUCUCCUGUCUUUCUUCCUGUAAAAUUGGAUAAUAAUAAUAAUAACAGUGUCAAGAUAACGACUAAGAAAAUUCCAACAUUAUUGGAGCUUGUAAACAUGCCUGAUGAGGAUACAACAACAAAUGACAAAAACAGCGAAACAACAAAGAUUAAAGACAGCAAGAGCGUGUCAUCAACAAGCACAGUGACGAUUUCAUGUGAAACGGAGAUGAAAAUAAUGACAAACAAAGUUUGUGGCAAUAACCGCGGUCCAAUGCAUUCACCAACAAGCACCCUUCAUUUGUUAGAUGGAAAAAAGGAGCCGGAGAGAAUCGAAUUGGUGGAGACAAGGAGGAGCCAUGAGAGGGCAGAAGCAAUGGAGUCACUACUUGAACUUUGUGCUAAAUUGUUAAGGGAAGAAAGGAUUGAGGAAUUGUAUGGUGUUUUGAAGCCAUUUGCAGAAGAAGCUGUUUCAUCAAGAGAAACAGCUAUAUGGUUGACAAAAGGUCUUAUGAGUGUGCACAAAAACAAGAACAUAAAUUAAUAUAAAUGGACUGUUUUUUAUGUAUUCUUAGUAAUAUAUAAAUGGGACAUGGAUUAUAUAUAUUGUGAUUUAUGAUGAAGAAGAAGAAUUAAUAGUCACC